AUGACACAUCAGCAGGUAUACGGCCUCAGCAAUAGAAUCAGGAACACUCAGGGGCCAUUAAUUCAUAACGAUAUAUAUAAAGAGAAGUAUGUUCACUACGAUUCGGACGAUACGUAUGCCAACACCAAGGAGGAAGAAGAUGGCACUCUCCCGUUAAGCGAAACGUUUAUAGAAAAUCGAAUAGAUGAGUUUAUGAGAAACGAAAAGAGGAUUAGAAACCCAUUUUUUUACGACACAGCAGAUGAGCAUUAUGUGAAUGGAGAGAGAUUGAUUUUGCCCGAUGUUGGAUACGGCAAUCUUGGAAGGAGAAGACACAGUGGCGGUGUCUGUGUUGGAAGAGCAAAGUCCCGGGGAGACAGCGAAGCGGAUGACAAACUGAACAAAGGAUGGUACAGCCACAUUUUCAAAUGCAGCAAAGACGUUUUUGUAGAAGUAAAUGCAGGAAAAAAUGAAGGCAAUUUUUCAAGGAACGAAAAGGAACAAGACCAAACGUGGAGAAACGAUUACAAUUACCAUCAUCGCAUAUGUAAGAAUGAGAAGAAGGAACCAGAAGCUGUCUAUUUGUACGAACUGAGUGAAAAUGAAUUUUCGCAGAUGUACCAAAAUGAUACCUCCUAUAUUACCUACAAAACAUUAAAGAGAGCAGCACAGUUUUAUGAUCAUAAUGACACAAAAAUUCUGGAAAGGACGAAUAAAAAUUUAAAUAGUGGUUAUACAAACUUCCUAAAUGUGAGUAACACAUAUUGUAGGAGCAAUUCUUACUAUGAGAGGGGUUCUCAUUUAUGUUUUCUGCAGAGUAGAAAUAGUGAAUGUGUCAGCUUCUGCAAAGAAGCAAGUGGUUAUACUUGCAACAUGUCGGAGAAACAUUCAUUUCGUGCGCUAACGAACUCGUGCUUUAUGAAAAAGGCAAACACUUUGAAGAGGAAAUUUGCCAAGUGUAAAUUUUUAACGCGUAAUGGUAAAAGUGAAAAGAUGAGCGAAAAGAAGAUAAAGAAAAUGGACACUACGUUAUCCUCCACUGAGGGUACAGCUAGCGUGCAUGUAGGGGAUGGCGCACAUAGCGCAGUGUUAUUAUCACAGGAAAAGGGAAAAAUAAAGAGCAUAGGAGAAGGAAAAACUGCGAAUGUUACUAACCCUGCCAUCUGUGACAAACAGAGGCAAAACAAAAACACCAUGGGGAAAGAAAAGGAAAAACAAGAUGACAAUGACGAUGUAGUAGGUGACCUAAUCAACAGCAGUAGUGGUACCCUGUCAACAAAGGUUAAAAACGUUGAUGAAGAUUUUGAGUCGUUUAAGAAGCAGCUGGGGGGAGACACAGAGCAGUGGACUAGCAGCUCACAAAGUAAUAGAACCCCCAGCUCGGAAAGAGCCAUGAUGUACUCAAGUGAAGACGAGUUUCACUUCUCCACCUCUGGCAGUUCGGACGAAAAUACAAAAAAAGAUGUCAACAAAGUGAAAGAACAAGUAGAUUUGAUAAAGGAAGAUUUCAUAAAAAAAAACACUGCCAUUGCUUUGCUAAACACAAACAAUAUACAGGCAUACAAUAGGGCCAUAUUAGCUGCGAAAAACACGAGGGCAAACAAAACUCCCACCGAUGUGAGCAGAAUUGUACUCACCCAUGCGUUAACCAAUAGAGAAAUGUACACCUUGCAUAGCUCUCUCUCGAACUAUAGAAACAAUGCGGAGUUUCGACGUAUCUGUCUCAAGUGGAAGGCCAAGAAGGAGAGGCGAAAGGACCGACUCAGAGGAAAGGACAAGAGCAGUCGUAGCAGUGACGAUAAGCAGAAGAGGAAAAAAGAAAAAAAAGGAAAAAAAAAAAAAAAAAGUACAAAGGAUAGCCAAAUUGGUAAGCAACAUAAGAGGGAAGAAAAUGAGAAGAAGGAGGGAGAAAAGAAAGACACGUCCCAUGAGGAAGUGGAAAAGAAGAAAGAACAACAAACUGUAGAGCAAUCACAAGUGGGCCAGAAUGUCCCAUCUGUAGAGGAAAGGCUUCAGGAAAACGUCGCAGAUGAGGAGAAAACAAUUGCUCCAUCGAAUUCGAAUGCCGAGAAUCUCCCUUCUACCGGGGAAGGAAGAGGUGCCGAGGUUUUGCCCACCCAGUCGAAAGCAGGGACCCUCCCCGAGAAUGCUCAAGAGAGACAACCAAAAAUGGAAGCAAAUGAAAUGGUUUUAUCUGAAAAAUGCGAAGAAGGAAAAGAAGGUAAUGGUGAUGAGUUUCCCAUGCAGCAGGAGCGUAACAGAGAAUCUGUCGAAAAGGUAGAACAUUCGCAUGGUGCCUUAAGGGAAGAGGGAGUCAUUCCGACAGGUAGCACCGACGAGACUAGGAACAACCCAAGUGGUGCUGGUAACAAUGCGGACUAUGCUACUGCGCAGAGUGGGGAUGAAAUUCAUCACAAGGGUUCAGAGGCGAAGUUCGCAAAGGAUCAAAAAAAGAAUAGUCAGGUGUACAAGGAUGAUGUAAAUGAGAAAAUCCAGGGAGCCGCGCACAACGAGGGGGGAAAGCAGAAAUUGCCGAAGGAAAACGAAGCAGGCGCAGGAGAAGAACCAGACGAAAAGGUUCACCCAAAGGACCACCCAAAUGAUCACUCAGAUGAUCACUCAAAGGACUCGAACGACGGAGAAAAGGUGAAGCGCAAGGAAAACGCCGAGGCAAAAAUCAGGAAGGAAAAGAAGGGAGUUUUCUUGGGAUCCUACAAAAAGAACUUCAAAAAGAGGAGGUAUGACCCCAAUUUUUUUUACGACGAAAAGAUGGAAGUCAAGAUGAAGAGAAAUAAGAACGAGAGAAGUGACAACAAGGUCGCUAAGAGUAAAAAACACGGUUACGGUUUAGGUUGCUUCAGGAGCGCUAAGUGUGCAGCAGGUAAAAAAGGACCUCGUAGAAGAGGCCGAGACAGCGACAGCAACGGAGAAGGGAAGAAGAAAAAGGACUCGAGCAAAAAGGACAAAAAAAAAAAUAAAGAGAAAAAGAAGAAAGAUGACAAUAAGGGAGAGCCACAAGAUAGUAAGGACCCCGCAAAGGAGCAGAGCAGCGCAAGUUGUGAGGACUCCAAGAUUGAGAAGGGAAGGGAAAAGAGCUGCAAGGAGAAAAAGGUUUACAUCCACUUGGAGAGCGCCCUAUCCGUUCUGGUGUGCGGAGGACUGAUCUCCUCGAAGAAGCUUAUAGAGGCCCAGGCCAUCCUGAAGGAAAAUAACAGAAGACUACAGGAGGCGAAGAACAGCUCGUCUCUAACAUUUGCGAGCGAGAGACGUGCAGACAAAUGCUUUGACAAAUUUGGGAAGGAGAAAAAUGAAAAGAACAAAGAGAAUGGCGCUCUCUUUUCAAACUCCCUGGCGGUAGAAGUGGAUUUGAGUGGAUGUUUUUUUUUCCACUCCUCCUUUACCUGCCCCAUUAGUAGGGACAAAUCGUCCAAGGAGAAUCCGCCGUAUGUGUUGAGAUGCGGACAUGCCAUUUGCAAGUAA